AUUGAUCCACAUUGUCCUCAUCCCGCAACCUGUCAUCCGCCGCUGCCUCUCCUUUGACUUGUCCGCUCUACUCGCUCGAUCUCCCCCUGGUUUUCUCGAGCUGUCGAGAAGAUGAGCUCAUGCGGUCAGUCAGCCACAGAGAACGCUGACGAAGGCAUGAGGGAACACAUAUAAGCCGACGCUGAACGCCCUUCUGACAUCACUGAACGAGUUCACUGCAUACAUAACCUCCUGUCGAAGUCUACACCUCUUUCAACCCUCUCGAACUCAACGACAAUGGCGACGAAGACGAUCUUCAUCAACGGCGUGACUGGCUACAUUGGCGGCACUGUGCUCGCAAACUUGCUCAGGCGUCCGGAUAUCUCGUCGUACAAGAUCAGGGCGCUUGUGCGCAACAAGGAGAAGGCGGGAAAGCUGAAGGAGCUGGGCAUCGAGCCUGUAAUCGGCGAGCUCGAUGAUGUCGACAUCAUUGAGAAGGAGGCUAGUGAGGCGGACGUGGUAAUUGCUACGGCCAACUGCGACCACGAGCCCUCCGCACAUGCCAUUCUGCGCGGCGCGAAGAAGCGCUUCGAGACGACUGGCAAACGCCCCGUCUUCAUCAACACCUCCGGAACCGGCGUCCUCUCCGACAACGCGCGCGGCCUCACGACCACCGACACCAUCUACGACGACUCCAACGUCGAGCAGAUGGCUUCCAUCCCCCUCACCCAGAUCCACCGCCCCGUCGACGUCGCGAUCGUCGAUGCCGACACCGCGGGCUACGUCUACACCUACAUCAUCCUCCCCUCCACCAUCUACGGCUGGGCGAAGCACGACCUGGUCGACCGCGGGAUCGCGAACUACCGCUCGGUGCAGGUGCCCGUGCUCGCGGCGGCGUCGCUCGAGCGCCGCCGCGCGGGGAUGGUGGGGAAGGGCGUGAGCCUCUGGCCGAGCGUGGAGAUUCACGAGCUGGGCGACUUGUACAACAUCAUCUUCGAGAAGGCGACGAAGGACCCGGAGAGCUUGGGCCACGGCAAGAAUGGGUACUACUUUGGUGCGAGCGACGAGCACUCGUGGUACGAGAUCAGCAAGGCCAUUGGCGAGGCGCUGGUCAAGCUUGGCCGCGCGGACGACCCGGAGCCCACAUCCUUCACCAAAGAGGAGCUCGACAAGUACUUUGCGGGUUCUGAGUACUGGGGAUCCAACUCGCGCGCCCGGGCCAAUCACUCGAAGUCCUUGGGGUGGAACCCGAAGAAGACGACGACGGACCUGUUGGCGAGCAUCGAGCAGGAAGUGCGCGGCUGCAUCGAGAAGCCGUUCAAGGUGCCCGCUGGUAAGGAGUACCCUACCCAUUAGACUUGUACGCGUACAGGCAGCAUAAAUGUACUUGUAGCCGACGAAUUUGAAGCUGAAGCCUUGGAGAUGAUU